AUUUGGGAAUUCGUAAUGGAAGACGGUGCAGGAGAGAAGUCCAGCUUUGUCGUCGGCCUUAUUGAGAACCGCGCCAAAGAGGUUGGCGUGGCUGCAUUUGAUUUGAGAUCAGCUUCAUUGCAUCUUUCUCAAUAUAUUGAAACUAGCAGUUCAUACCAGAAUACAAAGACACUACUGAAUUUUUACGAUCCUUUGGUAAUUAUUGUUGCACCUAUGAAGCUGGCACCUGAUGGUAUGGUUGGAGUCUCAGAGCUAGUUGACAGAUUUUUCUCCUCAAUUACAAAGGUUAUAAUGGCUCGUGGUUGUUUUGAUGACACCAGGGGAGCUGUGCUAGUAAAAAACUUGGCAGCUAAAGAACCAUCUGCACUUGGUUUGGAUAGCUAUUAUAAGCAAUAUUACCUUUGCUUGGCUGCUGCUUCUGCAAUCAUCAAGUGGAUAGAAGCAGAGAAAGGGCUGAUCAUCACCAACCACUCAUUAUCUGUUACUUUUAAUGGAUCAUUUGACCACAUGAAUAUAGAUGCUACUAGCGUCCAGAACUUAGAGAUAAUUGAACCAAUGCACUCUAGUCUUUGGGGCACUAACAACAAGAAGAGAAGUCUGUUUCACAUGCUCAAGACGACAAGGACAGUUGGAGGGACUAGAUUAUUGCGGGCCAAUCUUUUACAGCCACUUAAAGACAUUGAAACCAUAAAUGCCAGACUUGAUUGCCUGGAUGAGUUGAUGAGCAAUGAGCAACUAUUUUUUGGGUUGUCUCAGGUUCUUCGGAAGUUCCCAAAAGAAACUGAUAAGGUACUCUGUCACUUCUGCUUUAAGCAAAAGAAAGUUACUAAUGGAGUCUUGGCCCUUGACAAUUCCAGAAAGAGCCAAAUCUUGAUAUCAAGUAUUAUUCUUCUGAAAACUGCCCUAGACGCCUUACCAUUAUUGUCAAAGGUGCUUAAGGAUGCCAAUUGUUUCCUACUAAAAAAUAUUUACAAGUCCAUAUCUCAGAACGAAAAAUUUGUUUCCAUUAAGAGAAGGAUUGGAGAGGUGAUUGAUGAAGAUGUUCUUCAUGCACGUGUGCCUUUUGUUGCCCGCACCCAGCAGUGUUUUGCUGUCAAGGCAGGGAUUGAUGGAUUUCUAGAUAUUGCUCGUAGAUCUUUCUGUGACACCAGCGAAGCAAUACACAACCUGGCAAACAAGUAUCGUGAGGAUUAUAAGUUACCAAAUCUGAAAAUCCCUUACAACAACAGGCAAGGAUUUUACUUUAGCAUACCUCAGAAAGAUAUACAGGGCAAACUUCCCAGCAAGUUCAUCCAGGUUAUAAAACAUGGAAACAACAUACAUUGUUCUUCUCUAGAACUGGCCUCAUUGAAUGUAAGGAAUAAAUCUGCAGCGAAAGAGUGCUAUCUUCGGACAGAAAUAUGCCUGGAAGCAUUAAUGGAUGCCAUACGAGAAGAUGUCUCUAUUCUCACUUUUCUUGCAGAGGUUUUAUGCCUUCUGGAUAUGAUAGUCAAUUCAUUUGCUCAUACAAUAUCCACAAAGCCAGUUGACAAAUAUAGUAGACCUCAGUUUACUUAUGACGGUCCGCUGGCAAUUGACUCAGGCAGGCACCCCAUCCUUGAAGGUGUACACCAAGAGUUCAUUGCCAACAACAUUUUCCUUUCCGAAGCAUCAAAUAUGUUAAUAGUUACUGGCCCUAACAUGAGUGGAAAGAGCACUUACCUACAGCAAGUUUGCCUGGUAGUCAUCCUUGCUCAAAUUGGUUGUUAUGUUCCUGCACGCUUUGCAACUUUAAAAGUAAUUGAUCGCAUAUUUACUAGGAUGGGAAUUAUGGACAGUGUUGAAUCAAAUUCUAGCACGUUUAUGACUGAAAUGAAGGAGACUGCUUUCAUUCUACAAAAUGCUUCUCAUAGAAGUUUGAUUGUUGUGGAUGAAUUGGGAAGAGCAACAUCGUCCUCUGAUGGAUUUGCAAUUGCAUGGAGCUGCUGCGAGCAUCUACUGGUUUUAAGAGCGUACACUAUAUUUGCUACUCACAUGGAAAACCUCUCUGAAUUGGCCACAAUUUAUCCAAAUGUAAAAGUUGUUCACUUUGGCAUUGAGAUCAAGAGCAACCGAAUGGAAUUCAAGUUUCAACUGAGAGAUGGUCCGCGGCAUGUGGCACAUUAUGGCCUCAUACUUGCAGGAGUCGCAGGAUUGCCAAGUUCCGUGAUAGAGUCUGCCGAAAGCAUUACAUCCAAGAUCGCUCAAAAGGAAAAGAAGAGAAUAGAGACAAACAUCCAAAAGAAUCAGCAUAUUCAAAUGGCAUAUCGUGUUGUGCAGAGACUCAUAUGCCUCAAAUAUUCCAACCAAGACGAGGAUUCUAUCCGUCAAGCAUUGCAGGCUCUUAAAGAAAACUGCAUCAAUGGAGGGAUUUAACCUAAAAGCUCAUCUGUAGGCUAAAAUGAUGAACUGAAUGUUAUAAAUUUUCAACAUGAAACAAACGAACCACUCGCCCUUGGCAGGAAAACAAUUCAGCAAGCUGAUAUAAGAGCACCGAGCGGGCGCUAUAUAAAGAGAUUUGGUCUUGCAAGGAAAUUGUCAUUACAGAAAUGUAUGAUAACAAUACAGUCACACUCACUGAAGGAACAUACAACCAGCAUGUAAGUUCUUAACAAACCCUUUAUUAUAAAUAAUCAAACUUAGGAAUCUAAAGAUUUCUAUUGUAGAUGGCACCAAACAGUCGGAAACUGAAUCAGGAUCCCAAGCAGCAUACGAAA